AGGGGCCCGUGCUAUAUUAGGUGUGUUGUGUUAAGGGACCUUCUGAAAGGGUGUGUAUCCCUACAACAGUACAGCCUACAGCCAGCCUAGGAAAGACAAACAUGGGCCACGACCACCUUUGAUCCAAAAAGUCUAACUUUCAUUCAUACUUGUGACAAUGAACGACGAAAUCUACUUACACGCGCCAACCACCGCCACCGCCACCGCCGCUAACGUUUUGCUUCCGAAACCCGAAACGGUGUCGUCGCACGAAACGGGGCUCGAAGGGAUUGCCGCGGUUGUUGGAGAACACGUCCUAUUCGGAACGUCGUCGACGUUGCAUGUUCCAGAGACGCCGAAGAAAACGGCUGGGGUGUCGGUGAACAAGAGUUACCGAGGAGUGAGGAAGAGACCGUGGGGGAGGUGGUCGGCGGAGAUACGCGACCGGAUCGGGCGGUGCCGCCACUGGCUGGGGACGUUCGACACGGCGGAGGAAGCGGCGCGUGCGUACGACGCGGCGGCGAGAAGACUUAGAGGCGCGAAGGCGAGGACCAACUUCAAGAUACCCUCGGUGCUGCCUCUUUCUCCAUCGUCGGAAGGUGGUGUUGUGAAGCCGAAAGCUGCCCGGAAUAACGCCAGGAAGUGUUCCUCUGUGGAACAAUUGUUCAGCGGUGUACCUCAAGUUCGAAGAAACGAUGGCGGUGGCGAGAAUCUGAACGUAGACGUGAAUUUGAAGCUGGAUGUGAGGAACAGUAGAAUGGUUAUUUAGGUUAAAUAAUUGAAUGGUUGUGUUGUACAAAUCUCGUUCUUUCGUUUCUCUGUUUUGUGUAAUCAAUGUUGGCUGAAACUGCUGAACAAUUAUGCAGUUGCAAACAUGCAGUUGAAUGAGAAGAACUUUGUUUUUUAAGGAAUGAAUGUUGGA